AUGGCUCUGGAUGACCUGCCUCUGGAAAUCAGAGAACGAAUAUGUUCAUACGUGGAUGUCACCUACCAACCCAGUGUCUACAGCUUUGCCUUGACCAGCAAACAAUGUCUUGAAGCCGCGACUGCAAGCCUGUUCAAAACCAUCAGGAUCUCCGUUUCAGAAGCCGACCACCUCGGUGGUCUUAUAGAGCGAUGCUAUCAAUUACUUAAACAACGCCACGCCUUCAAGCAUGUGCGGCGCCUCGAGAUUGUUGUCAUGGACAACGUGAAGCCAGGGAUACGCAGCCUCGCUGUCGAAGGCGAUACGAAGAUUGAAUCGACUGUCCAAGGAUGGGGCUUCAAGCCGGAGAGAUAUUCAACGGCCAGGGCUCUCGAAGUCAUUGCUACAUUGGCGAGUCUCACCAGCCUGGUUGCGCAGCUGUCGGGCCUCACAUCAUUUCGGCAUGUCUGUCCAGCGCCCCUCCCGCAUUCGAUAAUAGAGCAACUGCAUAGGCGACAACACUGUGAACUGGAGGUCGAUACCGUCUUUCCCCCAUAUACCGGCUGUUGCAGCAGCAUAUCCGCCGACAGCAGUAGAGACCAGAUCAUCGCCGACAAUGCUUCGAUGAUGUCCUCUCCCUACAUCCGACGAGUUGCGCUCCUUCUGGCUCACCAAUGUGCUCCUUCUGUGGUACACUCAAGCUCCUUACGUCGAACCUUGUCUCUGUUGGCACCAGGAACUGAGUCUAUUUCGCUGGUGUGUCCACCCGAAAUCUCAUCUCUUGGAGAUCCAUCCCCGCCUUCUAUGUCAGAAGUCUCUUCCAAGAGAAAGGUGCGAGAUCUUGGGCUGAUCUAUAGUUUCUAUGGGAAGUAUGAUCUGCCAACUUUGGAUCAAGUCCUAGACUUCGGCUGCAUUGAGAAACUGCACAUAGACAUGAGGAGCUUGGAGCGUCACCAGGCCUGGCUUACUUCUGCAAGACCGUUUGCCGCAUUGAAGAGCCUUUGCGUUCAUUCUGGGCGCCCGGCGGACGAUACUGUGGCCACAUUCCUCGAAUGCCUACCUCCUCUGCGCUGCGCAUUCUUACCCUGA